UAUAAAAAAAAAAACAAUAAAACAAAAAUAUUAUAUUCCAACAGAAAAAUAAAAAAUCAAAAUGGCUCCAUUUAUAAUUUUUAAUUCUAAAAAUUUUAAAAAAUCUACUGAAAUUCGUACACAAAAUAAUCGAAAAUUUCAUUUAAUUUUAUUAUUAAGUUUUCUUUAUUGUGUAUUUUUAUUUAAUGGAGCCGAAUCAGGAAGAAUAGAACAAGCGCAUUUAAGUGCAAAAGUAUUUCGUUGUGUAUAUGCAAAAUAUAAGACAGUACAUAAUGCAACAUUAGAAUGUAAUCUUGGUAGCUAUUGGGAUAAUUGUGGACGUCAUGUUUGUUAUAAAGAUAUUAAAGAAACAUGUGAUGAAGGUAAUUUUGGUGAAAUGCAUGGUAAAUGUGCACCAACAUUAAAUUGUUUUUGCGGUAUUUGUAUGGGUUGUACAUCACCACAACGUUGUUUAUUAGAAUUACCAUGCAAACGUCAAGAAAAUAAUUUUAUUGAUAAAUUAAAUGAUUAUUCAUUUAUUGGUAGUAAUGAUUAUUCUUAAAUAAUUAAAAAAAAAAUUUUAUAUAAAUUAUUA